AUGAAGACGCAAUAUGCGCCCAACUUUGCGUACGCCGACUUCGCAAGUGAAUUCCGGGCGGAGUUCUUUAACCCUGAGCAGUGGGUCUCGCUGUUCGUCGAUUCGGGUGCCAAGUACGUGGUAUUCACCGCAAAGCAUCAUGAAGGCUUCUGUAACUGGCCUUCAGAAACUUCUUGGCAGUGGAAUUCAGUCAACUUAGGUCCCCAAAGAGACUUGGUGGGUGCUCUUGCCGACGCGAUUCGGAACGGCUCGGAACUUCACUUUGGAUUGUAUCAUUCGCUCUUUGAGUGGUUCAAUCCCCUCUAUAUCCGAGACAAAGGGAGCAACUUCUCCACCAGGGAAUAUGUGAAUGCGAAAGUCAUACCAGAAAUGAAAGAUUUGAUAAUGCGGUACAAGCCCGAAAUACUCUGGUCCGAUGGUGACGUUGGCCCGGAUGUGUAUUGGGGCUCCACUGAAUUUAUCGCCUGGUUAUAUAAUGAUUCACCGGUGAAAGACACUGUGGUCACAAACGAUCGAUGGGGUGAUGGCUGUAUGUGUAAGCACGGGGAUUUUUACACCUGUCAAGAUCACUAUCGUCCAGGCAGAUUGGUUGAACAUAAAUGGGAAAAUUGUCUUACGUUGGACAGGAGCUCAUGGGGGUACCGCCGUGAGAGUGUGUUAGCCGACGUUUUGUCCAUUCAA